CCUGUACAGGGUGUAUCCCGCCUUCACCCAACAGGAGUUGGGAUAGGCUCCAGCUACUCCAUGACUUCAAGAAACUAGUAAGUUGUAACCAGUUUGGAUGCAUUUCUUUUCCUUAACAUGCACAGAACUGUCUGCAGCUCCCUCCUGCAGGCAGCCAGCUGGAGCUGCUGCUCUAAUCCACGACGCUCUCUCUAGAGCAGCAGCAGAGAUAAAGACACGCCGCUGAUCUCUGCCUCAGUCGGGUGGAUGAAAGCUCCACGCAGCAUCACGGCUCCAUCAGGGAUGGUGGACUACGCGACCGACUGGCAGCAGCAGAUGAUCUGAACAUUGACACGCUGUCUUCCAGGUCUUUUUCUGGUGCUGGAUAAAGGAAACAGAGUACAGAGGAAGCUUCAGCCCCACACACAGCUCCUCACCAUGGGGGUAACGGUCUACAACAUCUCCUCCACCUCAGUCAGGGUGAGCUGGCCGCCGUCCCCCAUCUGCCGGGACACCUUCUACAGCGUCAUGUACGACCCCAACUGGAACAGCCUGAUCAUGGGCUACAAGCGCAAAAGCUUCAAACACGAAGAGCGCAUCCCCGUCAGUCAGACCAGCACGCACCUGGCCAACCUGCUCCCCCUGACCGCAUACUUCCUGUGCGUGACGUGUCAGGCCGCCGAUCCGGUGCGGGAGCAGUGCAAAGUGUUCAGCACUCUGAGUGAGAGCAGCGAGACGCACGACCGGGGCGGCUGGGAGCACAUGGCGGGCGUCUGGCUGACCUGCUGCCUGCUGCUCCUGAUUGUCGCGGGCCUCCUGGUGUGGGGGUGUCUCCACAGCACGUGCCCCUUCCCCGGGCGAGCCGCCGACAGCUGCCCGGUGGUGACUAACGUGAGCCGGCAGAACAGGUCUGCGUCGGCUCACCUCUUCCCCCCCAGGAGCAGCAGCGAGGACAGCAUCAAGCGCGCCGCCGCCAUCCAGCCCCCGCUUAUACAAGCGCACCCACCGACUGGUAAUUACCCAGAACACGAGAGCUGAGGAUGCUCGCUAAGCUGGCUGACAGCGAGCCAGCAUUAAUCACUGGAUUAAGGUCAUUGUAGCAUUGUUCAUCCGAGCAGGAAAAAUCAUGAUUCAGAGGAAUCAGAAGAUCAGGAACGCAGCACCUCUCCGGGUUUUUUUUUUAGAGAGGAAAACAACACAUUUGCUCUUUGAAAAACGUUGUAAACUUUGUGCUCACACUUCUCCCCCUUUCAAACUAUCCCACUUCCUGUUUUAAAGACAAUGCCAUCAUCACAACCUCAACGUGUGCUUGUGUACAGCUGGCAGUGUUACGGCACCAGUAAAUACGCCCGAAAAUCCCUCACAAGCCAAGAGAAUAAAAGUGGAAAUCUGUGGGAUUGAUUUGCAGCGGAAAUGUUCUCACCUUUGAC